AUGAGAGAGAAAGAGACCCUGAAAACAUACUCGGACAGAUAUUGGGAGAUGUACAAUGAGAUGGACAGUAACUUUGAAGACGGCGCCAUCAGCACCUUCAAGAGCGGCCUCCCGACCGAGCAUGGCUUAAGGAAGUCCCUAACGGGAAAACCUGUCACCAAUUUGCACCAACUCAUGGACCGUAUUGACAAGUAUAAGAGGGUCGAGGAAGACCAGCAAAUGGAUAAAGGAAAGGAUAAGGUUAUCCCUCAGGAAAGAAGGGAUUUUAGGUCGGACCAAUACAAUAAUAGCCGGCCACGGAGAGAUUUCGGUGGUCAGUUAGGACCUACCAACACUCAGACGGUCAAUGCAGUGUUCCGAGAACCGAUGCACCAGGUUCUGGAGAAGAUUAAGAACGAACCGUUCUUCAAAUGGCCAAACAAGAUGGCUGGGAACCCCUUGAGACAAAACCAAAACCUUUAUUGCCAGUACCAUCAGGACCAAGGGCACACUACAGAGGAUUGUAGGAAUUUUUGGGACCAUUUGGACCAGCUAGUCCAAGAAGGGAAGCUGAAACAUCUGUUGCAUCACACCAGUAGCCGAAGGGGCCAAACAAGUUCGGAACCCAUAAGGGAUGAUUCUUCAAGACCGCCCUUGGGAACUAUCAAUGUUAUCUUCGCUGCUCCCGGCAGGACCGGUUCUUGCCCUUCCAGAGUAAUGUCCGUAGCUCGACUUCCCGCCAAGAGAUGA